AUGUCACUCAGCUCAGAUGACGAGGACGAUAUCCUCUCAGACGCCCAAUCAGCCAGUUCUUCCGGAGAAGACGAAGAUUCUCCCCCACGGCAAUUGUCGCAGAAUCUGUUUGCGCCUCCGUUUUAUGGGCGACCUCCAACGCCUUUGCCCCCUUCACCCUCGCUCACAUCUCUUCUACGCCCUUCACGGCCAACAACACCAGACGCAUCUGAUGACGAUGCAAUCGCGCCUGUGCCUAGAGCCGCGCCAAAGGUGCCGACGUACGAAUACUACGGCUUUGUGCUGUAUCUCUUCAGCAGUCUGACAUUCCUCAUCUACCUCCUCUGGGGUUAUCUCCCUUCACCAUUUCUGCACGCCCUGGGGAUAAACUACUAUCCCAACCGGUGGUGGGCGCUCGCCAUACCGGCUUUCAUCGUCAUGACAGUGGUGUACAUCUACGUAGCUCUCGCUGCGUUCAAUACAGAGAUGCUGACAGUGCCACUAUCCAGUGUUGAGACUGUCGUGGAUGGGGCGGGUAAGUUGGCGGAGAUUGACGCGAAGGGAAGAUUGAGGGGGAGUCGCAAUAGGGAGAGAAGGGUGCAUGGAGAUGGGAGAUUGAGAUGGAGGGAGAUUUGGAGCGAGGGAACGGAUGCGGUGAUGGAUAUUCCGCUGGCGGGCGUUUGCGAGGUCUUGUAUGGAGAGGGAAGAGAGGAUGGUGAAGAUGUGUAUGUAGAUGAUGAGAUGUGA